AUGGCGGGUCAGUUUGACUUCAACGCGGCCUUCAAGAGCUCUGCCGUCAUCAUGCCAAUCCCCGUCCAACGACCCUGGGCCCAGCGUCGCCCGGGCAGCCAUCCCCACCGCUCCAACUCGGCCUCCCACGCUGAUCAUUUAGCAUCUCGCCGUGCCCUUGGCCAUUCCAGGACCUCGAGCGGAAGCCACUCGUCUCGCGAGACGUCCCUGCAGACGGAUCGCCCCGCCGCCGCCGCCCCUGACACUGCCGCAGCCGCGGGGCAAAACCCAGUCGCCGAUUCGGUCGCUUCCUCCAGCCUGGCGUCUCGUGCCAAGUCGCCCUCGUCCAUGAAUCGCCCCCAGCCUGCUGCUCAGGACGUGCGCGCCUCCGAUAUGAACCCCCACGCUGCCAGCGCCGAGUCGGUCUCGUCGGCCAGCGGCACCGCCUCCCUCUCCGCCCGAACCACCAUGACCUCUGGCCCUUACACGUCCUCGUCGAGGGACACUCCUCUGGCCCCGAGACCGUUUGUCCAGCGCAACGGGCGGACCUACCUCAGCAACCCGGAGCUUCCGUACCCCCUCCCGGUUGACCUGACGGAGCUUCACCGUCAAUCCCUGCGGACGCUGCUGUUGAUCCAGCUGUUCGGGGCGCCCGUGUGCUCUCCGUCACUCACCAAAAACCCGCCCCGGCGGGUGCUCGAGGUCGGCUGUGGUUCGGGGUUCUGGAGCAUGAUGUGCCACAGGUACUACAAGGGCCGUGGCCACGGUGGCAUCUCAUUUACCGGCAUAGACGUGGCGCCAUUGAGCCCCACGAGUACCGAUGCAGCGGCGGAUGCCCCGAACCCCGACACGGACAUGAGCUGGAAGUUUUAUAGCCACGACAUUCGCGUGACGCCCUGGCCCCUACCAGAGGAAGAACAGUUUGACCUCAUCAUGGCCAAGGACAUGAGCCUGGCCGUGGUAAGUCUCCACCAGCCUUCGAGCCAAGAAAUCUUCAACGAGUACCUGCGUCUCCUGAAACCUGGUGGUGCCCUUGAAAUUUGGGAAUCGGAUCAUCUCAUCCGCAUGCUCCGUCCUUAUGCCCCCGGGACGAUGCCGACCGGCGACGCCGACGAGCUGGAGGUUGCUUCAAGCCUCGGUGCCUACGUCUUGUCCGCAAACACUCCGCUCUCCGCUCCUCUCAAUUCCUUUCUCAUCGAUUACAACACCUGGCUCACGCGGGCUCUCGAGGAGUCGGACCUCGUCGAUGUCAGGUCGCGUCGUCUCGCCAUACCCCUGAGCGAGGUACGAUGGGAACGCGCCGAGGCCAAGAAUCAGCAGGCCACGUCGCCCAAGCAGGAGCAGCGGGCGCUGUCGUCUGGUCAGAGUGCGCUCCGCGCCACGGCUCUCUUAACGGUGGUCGAGCAAGUGCAGGCUUUGGAGCCCGUCUUGCGCGAGGCCAGCGGCAAGAGCCAGGAUGAGUGGGAUGUGUGGCUAGGCAAGAUGAUGGGCGAUCUGAUGGGCGACAGUGGGGCGAGCUGGGGCGAGUGCCUGGAGGUUGGUGCCUGGUGGGCGACGAAGAAGGUGAGCGGGGGAGAGAAAGAAUGA